AUGAGUCCAAAGGCUGAUCAAGAGCGCGAGUGGAUGCGUGAGAUACCCUAUGCUUCAGCCAUAGGUAGUCUCAUGUAUGCUACGCUAUGUACUAAACCUAAUAUUGGAUAUGUUAUAAGUGUUACAAGCAGGUAUCAGUCCGACCUAGGGGAGAAGCAUUGGUUAGUUGUUAAAACGAUCUUUAAGUACUUAAGAAGAACUAAGGAUCUAGUACUAAGUUAUCGAGGCUCAGUAUUGAAGAUUCAAGGAUACUCUGAUUCUAAUUUUCAAUCAAACGUGGAUAAUAGAAAGUCUACAUCUGAGUUCAUUUUCACAUGUAAUGGAGGAGCAGUUAAUUGGAAGAGUUCCAAACAUUCGACUACUGCCGAUUCCCUUACAGAAGCUGAAUACAUUGCCACUUCAGAAGUAGUAAAAGAAGUUGUCAAGAUGCAAAAGUUCAUGACUCAACUUGGUGUGAUUCCAAACAUUGUUUAUCUGUUAACCUUGUACUGGACAAUACUGGUGCUAUUGCAUAAGUAA